CCAUUAUAUUCAUCAACAUUUUUUACGUCCAAAUGCAUAGAAAAUGGAUCAUCGUGAUCCAAAUCCGAGUCACAAUCAUCGCUUCCCAAAAAAUGUUCAUUAUUAAUAUGUUAUAUAUUUGGUGCAUCUAAAAGAUUGAUGACUUUAGGCAAAGCGACUUUUUUAUUUUGAGACGACCUUUUGUUUAUAUUUAGGCUUGAAAGUAAAGGAUCCGAUGAAUCCAUGGCUCGGUAAAAUACGUCCGUUAAAUUGUUAAAACUAGAACAUUGUCUCGAAUAUGACCGUCUAUCACGCUUGUAGAAUUUAUUACGUGUUUCAGAUGCGUUCUCUCCAAAGCAGCCGAUAGGUAAAACCGAGGAUUCUAUUAUCUGCGGACCGCGAAUCAAAACUUUAUGGAUAGUUGCUGACAUCGGAUACCAUUUAUAGUGAUCCAGUUCGUUGGCAGAAUUUUUUGAAUUUAGAAAUAUUUAUACGAAAUUCACAAGAUAUAGCAACCAAAAUAAUAUAAAACCUGUGCGAAAUAUCAUAAUUUAAUCAUCAUAUUGAUGAAAGUUGCCUUGUGUUUUUAAAUGUUCUUCGUGUGGUGUUUCCGUCAUUCGUAUUUCCACUUCCGUUUUGUUUUGGCUUAUCAACAUGUAAUCCCAUCUGAGUCAAAAGUAAUUGUUGUAACUCUUGUUUACGGAAUGUUAUCAUGUCUCUUUCUUCAUUAUCCCUUGUUUGUCACUUUUCCAAUUUAAGUUUGUAUGAGAUUUUAAGUACAAACUCGAAAAAUCUGAUCCAUGCGUGCAGAGGACUGAUGCCAUAAUUUACAUUUUCAAUGUUGGCCUUAAAGUUUGAUAUUUCGGUGGUUUUCAUAAAAUCCUUUGAAGUGGCUCGGCUCCACAGAUAGGACACACCUGGCAAGAUUUCGUUCCAGUUUUUAUAUUCAACACCUUUCCGUCAAUUUAUGUGAGAUGGAGGGAAAAAGUGACAACUAUUUUUCUGGCGAUUGAAAAAUUGUAACCUGUGAGGUUUUGUAUUUUUGACUUUAAAUUCGACUUUUCCGCCAAAAUAAGUUCUUUGGCUUAUUUAGCGAAUUCGAUCUUUAGGGGUCUGCGACAAGGGCGUCGCCAGGGUAGGGCACUUAAAGGAAUGAUCGAGAAAUUUCAUAAUUUUAAGCCUAUCAGAGUUUCCAGUUUUGGAAGAUGAAUUCUACAAGUUGGCACAAAUCAUUUCUCACUCCACAAUAGACGAACAAUUUGGUUAGAGUUUCCCUAAACUAAGACGUAAACAAAGACAACAAUAAUUACAACAUGGAACACAAUUCUAUAUCAAAAAACCAAUUGUGGCAAGAGUCAUACCGGGGACGCUGGACGUACAAACUUAUCCCGGAACUAACGGAGUGGGCUGAUUGCGAGCACAAAACGGUGGACUACCACAUGACCCAGUUCCUCACGGACCAUGGCUGUUUCCGAGGGUACCUAUUUAGGUUCUGCCACGUGGAUACAGCCCAGUGCCUCUACUGCACAGACGCAGUGGAAACCGCAGAGCACAUCCUUCUGCACUGCUCCGGGUUCGUCGAGGAGAGGGCGCAACUCGUGGCGCUCGCUGGGUCACCUCUCAGCCCGAGUGGCCUGGUUGCCGCUAUGAUGGCUGUCAAAAUCGUUUGGAACGGGACUCACGUGAUCAUCGUCACCAUGAUGAAGCGUGUCCGUAAGGACGAGUUGGCCAAUCGGAACUAUAGAUAAGGAGUACUCCCGUAUUUUGGUGGGGCAAGAACUCUACGUCUGUCCGCUCAGUUGGUCGUAAAAAGGCGCUGCAGUGCAUCGCAAAUGAAGAUGGAGUGCGACUUGGCAUCACAUCCUGCUCACCGAUGAAAUACUUUGACUGGCAGUCCAAGUGAGCUUGAAAAGGACAGGAGAGAGCGGAGGUUUUUGUUUAGUACGUAGCCAUAAUGCCUUAGCUGAUGGGUAUGAAUCGUGCACGCCAUCCAAGGACGUUUGAUGGUAUCUUUAGAAGAUUUCAUUUUCCUGCCGUAUAUAAUAAAAAAAAAAAAACCCCACGAAUUCACUGACUAGACAUUCCCGUUUCUCGCGACUCACUUCGUGCCGAUCAAAACUCUGUACAGUAGUCUUAAGCUGACAUUUCUCGAAUAAAGACGUUCACCGAAAUUGUUCGUGUUUCGACUUAAAGUUGUUUCAGCGUUGAUCUUUGUCUUUGUUAUUGUCGGAU